GAUGUUCAAGUUAUGGGCUUCGCGUAAAUCUGAAACAAUACCUUAAACGUCUUGAAAUUGGUGAGCAAUGGUUUUUCAGUCGGUUCUCGUAUAAAUUAUUCUCUCGUCGAACGACGUAAUACCGUUGAUUAUAGAUUGUUACACUCAAAGUUUGAUACAAUGGGUAAUACAUUUACAUCAGCCUCAAUCGCUGCUACAAAAGUGAUAUCGCCUGUAUCACAGGAGCCUCAGCAUCCAGAGCUCAAGUCACAUAUUCAUAAAACGUUCGACGGCGAGCCACCACCAGAAUGCCCUAUGCAUAAAUCUAAAAAUGAACAAUCUGCUCAAACAUAUGUCAACGAAUGUCCAAUUGCCAAUACAGCUGACAAUCAAAUUGAUCCUCUUAACAUGAUGCCUGCCGCUAAUCAACAACCUGCACCUGACCAACCAUUUCCGCUUCCUACAGAAAGGCAAGUAUCUUCAAUUCCAAAGGCAACCCAAGAUGGAUCUUUCUGGGUUUAUCCGUCUCAGCAAAUGUUCUGGAAUGCAAUGUUGAGAAAGGGCUGGCGUUGGAAAAAUGAUGACUUAGCUCCAAAAGAUAUGGAAGACAUCAUCAAAAUCCACAAUGCGAAUAAUGAACAGGCUUGGCAGGAAGUGCUGAAGUGGGAAGCACUUCAUGCUAGAGAAUGUGGAAAUCCCAGAUUGAGAAGUUUUGGUGGCAAUGCAACUAAUUACUCACCUCGUGCUCGCAUUCGUCACUGGAUGGGAUAUGAACUUCCAUUCGAUCGCCACGAUUGGAUUGUGGACAGAUGUGGGACAGAUGUCAGAUACAUUAUUGAUUACUACGACGGUGGCGAAGUUGAUGAAAAAUAUACAUUUGCUCUGUUGGAUGUGCGGCCAGCAAUGAAUUCUUGGACUAAUAUUUGGGAUAGAAUGAAGGUGACAUGGUGGCGUUGGAGAUACAGUCUGGAGGAAAGUAGCCAAGAAUCAGAUUCAGCAUCUCACUGAGUUUUGAAAUUGAAUCUACAAAUCCACAUAUAGUAUUUCUCCACUGUUAUCUAUUGUUAAUCAUAACCAUGCUGUAACUUAUUAUUAAUAUUGUGAAUAAAAUUUACUCCAACCAUUGUCAAAGUA